AAUUCUAUACUUAACUAAAUACUCCACUAUUUCCGUAAAACCGGACCUCUGUUUUAAACGUUUGGCUGUAAUACUGUAAAAGCUAUUUUACAUUGCCUGUUCGCACCGGAAGUGCUUUGAAUCAUUGCUAACUUGACGCGCUUUUCUCGCAGCUAGCAUUCAGACGGCCGAACCACGAGCAGCUUCAUCUUGAAAAUAAUCGACAAAUCAAGAGGAUAUUUCAGUUUCGGACAACGUCUGGGUGCCGUGUCUGUUCGCUGGUCCACAAUGGCGCCCACUGGUCGCUCUGCUGGAGGCCUUUCGAGGUGAAAAAUUAAAAAAAAGGUCGAUCCAUCGCCUCCCCAGAUGUGGCCGCUACCUCUGCUGAGACUCCUGUUCAUGAACGGCCGGGAUGCUUUGAUUGAGCGGCUGUGGCUCGGCCUGGAGGGAUGACAGGACAUUAGCAGACAUGGAGACAGGGGAGACGCACAGACAGCUGGAAACGCCAUAUUUACUCAGUGUAGAUUCUCCACUUUAGCCUUUAGGUUCCUCAGGAUAAGAGUAAACCCUAUUUUUAUAUUUUUUUUAUUCAGAGCUGUUUUUGUUAGUUAUUGAGAAGCCAUACUCAGCUGACAGACGUCAGGAUGAGCUCGGAGGGUUUUCAGUACCGAGCGCUGUACGACUACAAGAAGGAGAGGGAGGAGGACAUCGACCUGCACGUUGGAGACAUGCUGCUGGUCAGUAAAGGAGCGCUGCUGGCACUCGGCUGCGGCAACGGAGCCGAAGAACGGCCGUCAGAGAUCGGAUGGCUGCCGGGCUUCAAUGAGACCACACAGGAAAAAGGCGACUUCCCGGGAACGUACGUGGAGUUUGUCGGUAGAAAGAGGAUGUCCCCGCCCACACCGAAGCCCCGCCCACCCAGACCGCCAUCCGCAGCGUCAGCGAGGACUGACUCAGAGUCCGAGGGCUUCAUAUUGCCAGACCUCCCAGAGCAGUUUGGACCCCCGGACACAGCCCCCCCCCUCCUCAUCAGACUGAUGGAGGCCAUCGAGACCAAAGGUCUGGACAGUCCCAGUGUGUAUCGCAGUGUGAGCGGAGGAGGUCUGGACACGCGACAGCUGGCCGACACCGACCUGGAGCAGCUGGAGGUGUCGUCCCUGUGUGAUGGGGUAGUCCGGUUCUUGCUCGACCUCCCCGGUCCCGUCCUCCCCGCCUCGCUGCAGGCAGACAUGGUCCACGCAGUGCAGGAGGUGCGAGACCUGGAGGACUGUGCCCAGGUGCUGCGAGGUGUGGCGAGCUCGCCGGCCUGCCCGGCCCAGUACGGCCUGACCCUGCUCAGCGUGGUCCGACACCUCGCCCGACUCUGUUUGCACACCUCCAGGAACCAGCUGAGCCCCCGAAACCUGUCGGAGAUGUUCGGCCCACUGCUGUUCAGACAGACCGCAGGGUCCGAGUCCAGUUUGGAUCCUCUGGUUCAGGUCCUGGAGGUUCUGAUAACCAGCGAGCUGAACAUGAACCAGGCUGCCCCAGCUUUACCUCCCAAACCAGUGAAGCCGUCGACUCCAGCGGCUUCCAGCUGUUUUAACAACAGUAUGGCUCUGCAGGACGCUGAGUGGUACUGGGGAGACAUUUCCAGAGAGGAGGUGAACGAGAAGCUGAGAGACACAGCUGACGGUACGUUUCUGGUCCGAGACGCGUCCACGAAGAUGCACGGAGAUUACACUCUGACUCUGAGGAAAGGAGGCAACAACAAGCUGAUAAAGAUUUUCCAUCGGGAGGGGAAGUACGGCUUCUCUGACCCCCUGACCUUCAGCUCAGUGGUGGAGCUGAUCAACCAUUAUCGCCAUGAGUCUCUGGCCCAGUACAACCCCAAACUGGACGUCAAGCUGCUCUACCCAGUCUCCAAACACCAGCAGGACCAGGUGGUGAAGGAGGACAGUAUUGAAGCUGUGGGGAAGAAGCUCCACGAGUAUCACCUGCAGUACCAGGAGAAGAACCGAGAGUACGACAGGCUGUACGAGGAGUACACCAGAACAUCACAGGAGAUCCAGAUGAAGAGGACGGCCAUCGAGGCGUUCAAUGAGACCAUAAAGAUCUUCGAGGAGCAGUGUCAGACUCAGGAGCGCUUCAGUAAAGAGUACAUCGAGAAGUUUCGUCGAGAGGGCAAUGACAAGGAGAUCCAAAGGAUCAUGGAGAACUACGACAAGCUGAAGUCUCGGAUCAGCGAGAUCGUGGACAGUAAGCGCCACCUGGAGGUGGAUCUGAAGAAACAGGCCGCCGACUACAGAGAGAUCGACAAGAAGAUGAACAGCAUCAAACCAGACCUGAUCCAGCUCCGCAAGACCAGGGACCAGUACCUCAUGUGGCUGACCCAGAAGGGCGUUCGUCAGAGGAAACUGAACGAGUGGCUCGGUCUGAAGAACGAAACCACAGAGGAUGAGUACAGUAUGGUGGAGGACGAGGAGGACCUUCCUCACCACGACGAGCGUCUGUGGCGUCUGGGAAACAUCAACCGCAGCCAGGCCGAGUCUCUGCUCCGAGGGAAGAGGGACGGCACCUUCCUGGUCCGCGACAGCAGCAAACCGGGCUGCUACGCCUGCUCCGUGGUGGUGGACGGAGAGGUGAAACACUGCGUCAUCAACAAGACGAGCACCGGUUAUGGUUUUGCGGAGCCCUACAACCUGUACGGCUCUCUGAAGGAGCUGGUGCUACACUACCAGCACACCUCGCUGGUCCAACACAACGACUCGCUCAACGUCACGCUGGCGUUCCCCGUCUACAGCCAGCAGAGACGGUGACCCGCCCGCUCCUCCUGAUGUACGCCGCCACUGUAGACCAACAGCCAGAGCUCAGCACCGGGAAGGAAGUCCACACCUCCCACCAGUACCUGACCACAUGACACAUUUCACUCUGAACACGUUACGUUUAAAGCUCUGUGUGAUAACUCAGCUCCAUAACAACACGCGAGAUGGAAGGUCAGAGGUCAAACUGCAGUUUGUGACAGUCUUGGUGCUGCAGAUCACAGUGGAACAGAAAUGUAUUUAUUUCACAGACGAUGGCGAAGCCUCAUGCUGAGUUUAAUGCUGCGUUACAUCCUGUAGGAAUCAGCUACAGCUCUGUUAAAACUGACAACUAAUAUUUUACUGUGAAAGUCAUCACAUGGAGCUUUAACUUCCUGUGAGGAUGGUGGGGGCAGAAACGAACAGCCCCUCCCAACUCUCUGUAAAGAUUCAGAGUUAAACCAAAAAAAAAAAAAAAAUCUCUCAGCUCAUAGAAAGUAAUUACUGUCAUCAGAGUCUGAGAUAAACAAACUAACAAACAAACAAAUUUGGUCUAAAAAGAACAAAAUAAUGAAGAUAUUCACAUUUCAUUUUAAAGAGCUGCUGAAGCCACGUAUCAGUACAGACACAAACCCAGUUACAGUUAAUACAGAUACCUCAGACAUCAGUGUUAUCAAGAGGAACCAAAAACACUGACACGUGAGGGAAGAGGAAAAUAACAGAGACGACACCAUGAACAUUUAAAGAGAAGAAUCUUUAAAAGUAAAAACACAAAAAGCAAAAUGCAAAAAGAAAACGAUCAGGACAAAGAUCUGUUAACUGUUCAGUCAGUUUACUCUGAGGUUUGACAGGAGAGGACUCACCUGUCUGUACAGGUGUGCAGAGAUCAGUUUUUAAAUACGGCAGGUGUGAGCUGAGUCUUAUGUUUGUUUUUUUGAGUCUUUACUUUGAGAAAUUUAAAUUGUUUUUUUUACAAACUGAAGCUGUUGCUGGAACGUUUGGGUUUAAACCAGGAAACCGAUCUGAUGGAAGGCGAAACGUCGGCUCUGACCACACGUUGGUUUUCAGCGUUCAGUGACGUACAGCGUCUGAUUCUUGGUGCUACAGACACACUUCAGUCAGAGGUUGAUGCCCCGCCCUCAGCACAGAUUUUAACUGACACUCACACGGUGACUCGACCUGAACUCCACCCGAUGAUCAGGCCCAGCCCGUCAGAUUGUGAUGGAUGGUUUCCUGAACCUCAGACACUAAAGAACAACACAACUAUAAAUCCACUUUUUGCAAAGGAGCAAUUUUCCUUUUUCAGAGAAAAUUCAGUGAAACUGUCACAGACACAAAAACAGCCGUGAAGAUGAUGUGAUGACGGCGUCUUCGAGCUGAAACAGGCUGCUGUGUUGUUCUUUACACACACUGAGGUUUUAUUCGACACCCGAAGCAUCGUGGUUUGAGCGAUGCUUCGGGUGUCGGGUGAGGUCCCGUCACAGUCUCCGUGUGAGUCGAUGCCGUCGCCACUUUACCUGUUUAUCGUCUGCUGAGAAACGAGGUACAGAACCGUCAUGUCGGUGGUCAGAGCUGGUCCGGACUGAGCCGCAGCAGGAAGUGGAGCUGGACUGAGGUCAGGACUUUAGUCGUAGUGCUGAACUGCUGCUCACUUCAGCAGAACAGAACCAGGACUGGACUGGUCUGAAACUACACCUGUGGACUGAUGAUGAUGAUGAUGUCAGAUACCAGAUGGUGGACAAUCUGAAGAGACUUCUUGCAAACACUGUGAGCGACUCUGAACGAGGUUUAACAUGAGGGUGAAUGAACGGAUCCACUUUCAUUUCACAUCAGGAUUAAAAUAAAAUGCCCCCCCCCCCCCCCCCCCCCCCUCCCCACCCUCCUCCCCACCCCAGAGAAUCCAGUCUGCAGUGGUUUCCAGUGGACGGAUGAAUCCUUUAUUCUUUCAUUUCAGUAAACGUCUGUCAGUCCUGGUCCUGGAUGCUCAAAGAUCUGCUUAUUCUGGAUCAGAACUGUGAGACUUAAAAAAAGCAGGAACAACAAGGACUCUUCGAGUUUCAUGGACUAACAGACAUUUGUCUUUAUGGAUGAUUUUUCUUUCCUUUUGUGCAUCAGGACAUGAUUUGUUUUGGAGACGCCAGGUGCAGGAGGUGAAACGGUCUACGAGGAUCCGAGGGAUCCUGUACCCAUGGUAACCGCCUGGUAGCGCCCUCGCCUGUGAAGUCGGGCUGUUUCUGUGCUUCAGUCACUUUCAGAAUCAGCACACGUAAUAAAAUGUUUGGAAAUGUCCUGAAUUUUUCAAGCCCAUGUUUAUUUUUUCUGAAUACUGUCAGUAACAGCUGGUAGAUUCUGUGAUUGACGAACGGCUCGAUGCCCAAACCAGUGAAUACCAAUGAAAACCUGAAUCUUUAGACACCAGUGUUCAGGAACUCUGCUGAAUAAAACACUCGGUCUGAUUAUCUGAAGGAUGUUACUGA